AUGUGCAGGUCCACGGCCCGCCCAGCAGGGGGGGCCGUGAACUGUAGGCCCAGGGCCCGCCAGCAGGGGGCGAGGGACCGCCAGUGCAGAUCUAUGGCCCGCCAGCAGGGGGCGGUGGCCCUCCUCUGCAGGCCCAGGGCCUGCCCAGCAGGGGGUGGUGGACCUCCUCUGCAGCUCCACGGCUCGCCAGCAGGGGCGGUGGACCUUUACUGCAGGUCCAUGGCCCGCCAGCAGGGGGCGACGGUACUAAUCUGCAGCUCCACGGCCCGCCAGCAGGGAGCGAUGGAGCGCCACUGCAGGUCCACGGCUCGCCUCUUUGUUUGUGUUCCUUGUUGCCUAGGAGACAGCGGGAAGGUGACGACGGUGGUGGCCACGCCCGGGCAGGGUCCCGACAGACCCCAGGAGGUGUCCUACACCGACAUCAAGGUGAUUGGCCACGGGUCGUUUGGCGUGGUGUACCAGGCCCGCCUCAUGGACAGCCAGGAGCUGGUGGCCAUCAAGAAGGUGCUGCAGGACAAGAGGUUCAAGAACCGCGAGCUGCAGAUCAUGAGGAAGCUGGACCACUGUAACAUCGUCCGGCUCAGAUACUUCUUCUACUCCAGCGGCGAGAAGAAGGACGAGGUGUACCUGAACCUGGUGCUGGACUUCGUGCCAGAGACGGUCUACCGGGUGGCGCGGCACUUCAACAAGGCCAAGAGCAUCAUUCCCAUCAUCUACGUCAAGGUGUACAUGUACCAGCUGUUCCGCAGCCUGGCCUAUAUCCACUCGCAGGGCGUGUGCCACCGGGACAUCAAGCCCCAGAACCUGCUGGUGGACCCCGAGACAGCCGUGCUCAAGCUCUGCGACUUCGGCAGUGCCAAGCAGCUGGUGCGCGGCGAGCCCAACGUGUCGUACAUCUGCUCCCGGUACUACCGCGCCCCCGAGCUCAUCUUCGGCGCCACCGACUACACGGCCAACAUCGACAUCUGGUCGGCGGGCUGCGUGCUGGCCGAGCUGUUGCUGGGGCAACCCAUCUUCCCCGGCGACAGCGGCGUGGACCAGCUGGUGGAGAUCAUCAAGGUGCUGGGCACCCCGACCCGGGAGCAGAUCAGAGAGAUGAACCCCAACUACACAGAGUUCAAGUUCCCCCAGAUCAAAGCCCACCCCUGGACCAAGGUGUUCAAGCCGCGGACGCCCCCGGAGGCCAUCGCGCUGUGCUCCCGCCUGCUGGAGUACACCCCGGCCACGCGCUUCUCCCCCCUGGAGGCCUGCAGCCACGCCUUCUUCGACGAGCUGCGCCAGCCCAACACCCGGCUGCCCAGCGGCCGCGACCUGCCCCCCCUCUUCAACUACAGCAGCGCCGAUGGAACCGGUUCCGACUCGUCUCAGCACAGCUCCGUACCGGGAUCCCUGAACAGCAUCUGAACCCCCCCCCCCAACGCAAACACAAACGCACACAAACACGCACACACACUUGAACUACACACACCUCAUCUCUCCCCCUUCCCAUACUGUGUACUUCCCAUUUCUACUACACACACCCACACACUACACACAAACACACUACACAUGGAACAUAACCACUUGUUCGCUGUAUGACAGGGUGUAAAACUACAAGACUGGUACACUACACACACACACACAGACACACACACACACACACACACACACACACACACACACACACACACCCGCGCACAUGGCGGUGUGUUUGAUUGGUCUCCUAGCUGCUAGGAUGUGAUCUAAGACAGAGGGCCGGUCCUCUGGAGAAUAUUACCAUGUCCUUUUUUUAUUUAUUGAUUGGAGAAUUUUAAAACUGUUGUGGCGACCAUGAGACUUUUAUUUAGCUUUUUUUUUGUUUUCUUUGUGUCGUUAUUUUUGUACGUGACUGGAGUCGACGUUCCGAAGUCCUGAUAGUUCGGCGUUCCCGAUUGGCCGCUCACUGGCCCCUCCCCCCCCCCCCCCCCCCCAUCCAUUCCCGGUCGAGCCACUCUGGCCGGUGAAAUAAACCGUGAAUCUCUCUCCUGCUUCCUCUCACGUGAUUGGCCCACAUGUCGGCCCGGUGUGCGUCGGACUUCAGACCAAAACCACCUCUUGUGUUUUUAUCUGUUUACACUUCCGUUACCGUGUCAUGUUGAAGUUUCCCCGCAACCCCUCCCUCGCCGCCACUCUGUGUGUGUGUGUGUGUGUGUGUGUUUUUGUGUGUGUGCGUGUGUGUGUGUUUUUGUGUGUGCGUGUGUGUGUGUGUUAUUUAUGUUUUAUUCCAAACUACGAUGUAAGCUGCCAGUAUUUUAGGACUCCCCGUUGGUGAAUAUGAUUCUUUGACUUUGUUGUUUUAUUUGACCCUGCCCUUCUGUCCGCUGCCUCUGAGCUCCACACGUGGGUCGUGGCCACCUCCCCCCGUGUCAGUCGAUGCCUGGCCCAACGGCACGUGGGCAGUGGGAAUAGCCAAGGGUUGUCCCCCCCCCCCCCCCUUUUCAGCCCCUUUCCCGGCGCGGGUGCGUUGGUUUCGUGUCCCGGGGCGGGCCGGGUUGAUUGUUGUUGCACCCGGAGCCGUGCGGAGCUAUGAAGCGGUGUGAACCCCGCCCGGCCGCCGUCGCCCCGGGGGGCGAACCCAAUGCCCCUCUGCCUCCUGGAGUCCAGAAGCCAUCUCCUCUCUCUCUCCUCCCUCCCUCCCUCCCUCCCUCCCUCAUCGUUGCACAUGUGUAAAUAGGACCUGGUUUUUAAUUUGUGCUCUUGUCGAUACGUUGUUUAUAUUGUUUUAUUUUAUUUUAUUUUUCCAUGUUUUCAUUGCGUCAUGACUGAAGCGCGUUUUAGUUUUUUUUGUAAAUACGUCCUGGGUUCCACGGUGUCCAUGGCGACGCAGAAUGUAAAUAGAAGGUGAAACCGAGGGAGAGGAGACAUUCCACCGUCUGCCUCCUCCCCCCCGCCCUCCGUGUCUGUUAGGAUCUCUCUCUCUUCUCCGCCGCCCGGGCGGGCGUCUGUCUGUCCCUCGGGGCGGGUGUCUGUCUGUCCCUCGGGGCGGGUGUCUGUCUGUCCCUCGGGAGCGGGCGUCUGUCUGUCCCCCGGGGUGGGUGUCUGUCUGUCCCUCGGGGGUGGGUGUCUGUCUGUCCCUCGGGGGCGGGUGUCUGUCUGUCCCCCGGGGGCGGGUGUCUGUCUGUCCCUCGGGGCCGGGCGUCUGUCUGUCCCUCGGGGCGGGUGUCUGUCUGCCGCCCGGGCGUCUGUCUGUCCUUCUCGGGGGGCACUGUGGGUCCUUCUGUUUUCUAGAAACAGGAAACGCGUCAUUACCUCACAUAAAACGUUAUUUUAUUCUGGAGAGCGGUUGGCGGCGAUGGGUCGUCUUAAGCCUGGGUCUUAAUGGUUCGGGGACUCUCGGGGGGGAUAGGGGGUUUGGAGAUAGGUCAAGGGUCAGAAGCCAUGUGGGGUCAUAGAGAGAGGGUGGGCGCUAGGCACUGUAGUGUACCCUGUUAGUAGCAGGCUGUACUCUAGGCACGUCGGGAACCCCCGGAUGAAGUACUUCUUCUGUUCCCCGGGGGGGUGCGUCCCGGUGGUUUCCUCUCCGCCAUCGCUGCUAGGGCCACCGUGCCCGGAGCGUGCACGUGUGAGUGCGCACGUGCGCGCACAUGCUCGUGGCCCAGAGAUUGUACUCUGGCCUGUGGUUUCAAACCGUAUCCUCUAGAAACCCGACCCGUCUGUGCAGAGGACCUCUGUGAAGCCGCUGUCGGUCCUAGCCGACACUUUUUCAACACUUGAUAUUAUUUAGUUGUUUUGACUCUGGGUCUCGUUCGUUGUGAUGCUGUGUAGCUCCGGCCUGGCUCCGGGCCGACCGACGGGCGCAGGAGGAGAGAGAAACCACUGUUGUGUAUGUCACUACUUUGUGUAUGAUAUGGUGUCAUUUAAUAAAGUGAUGAAACUGUG